UGCCCACGUGUCUGAUCGCAUUGUGAAUAGAGCUUGGUUUCAGGCGUGCGGAGCGACCGGCUGGCGGUGUUGGGAUAUUUUUUCAUAUUACAGUCAUUUACAGAAUGAGUUCGGAAGCUCAGAAAGCUCCGAGUGGUGGCUGCCCGCACCCUAAAGUUGCGCGGGAGAGAACUGAUUUGUGCCGGAUGGUUACAGCUCCCAAGACCGGCAAAUGUUACUGUCGAGGGCGGCUGCUCGGAAAGGGUGGCUUUGCAAGAUGCUAUGAAAUGGUUGAUCUCUCCAAUAACAGAAUAUAUGCAGUUAAAGUUAUUCCACAUUCCAGAGUGUCAAAACCUCACCAGAAAGAUAAGAUUGAGAAGGAAAUUGAACUCCACAAAUCCCUGUCCAAUAAACACAUCGUGAAAUUCUACCAUAACUUUGAAGAUGAUGAAAAUAUUUAUAUCUUUCUAGAGCAUUGCAGUCACAAGUCAUUAGCACAUAUAUUGAAAGCAAGAAGAACGUUAACAGAGCCAGAAGUUCGGUAUUACCUCAGACAGAUUAUCUUGGGCCUCAAGUACCUCCAUGCUCGGGAUAUCCUUCAUAGAGACCUCAAACUAGGUAAUUUCUUUGUUAAUGACAACAUGGAAGUGAAAGUUGGAGACUUUGGCUUGGCAACUAAGCUUCUACCAGUUGACCAGAGGAAGAGGACUAUCUGUGGUACCCCAAACUAUCUGGCACCUGAAGUACUAAACAAACAAGGUCAUGGUCCUGAGGCUGACAUCUGGUCUUUGGGUUGUGUAAUGUACACCAUGUUGUUUGGCCGGCCACCAUUUGAGACCUCUGACCUUAAAGACACCUACAGAUGUAUUCGAGCAGUUGAGUACACCAUGCCGUCAUUGUUUUCAGUUGCUGCAAAGGAUCUUGUUGGUAGCAUCCUGAAGAAGAAUCCAGAACAACGGCCUACUCUGGAUGAAGUUAUGAACCAUGACUUUUUCACAAAAGGCUUUAUACCUGAUGUGCUCCACCCAAGCAGCUGCCUAAUGGUUCCAGAACUGAAUAGCCCAACACCUACCAAAAACUUCUUCAAAAAGUUUACAGAGGCUUUCUUUAGGAAAAAGAACUCAAAAGAUACUAAAACCAUCUGUGUGGAGAAGGAUGAUAUUUCCAAGCUUGCUGCAGAUCUUGUGAAGACCUCCAUCCACAGACAGACGAGCUAUAAAACUGAAAAUGCAACAGAGUGUACGUUUCCUACUGGUCAAACUGCAAACUCCUUUCCUAAGGAAACUGCAGAAGAAGGAUCACAAAAAUCUACCAUUGAACCAGCUGGUGCCAACUGUGAAACUGCUGAAGAGGGUCCCAUAGCUCAGCAAAUGGCAGAUUCUGCUACCCAUGUUCUCAAAAGCUGUCUUUCAGCCAUGCCAUCAGUGAAAAAGAACCCAGUAGGACACAGCCUACAUAGGUCCAAACCCUUCUUGUGGGUCACCAAAUGGGUUGACUACUCCAAUAAAUAUGGUUUUGGAUAUCAGUUGUCUAAUCGCAGUAUUGGUGUCCUGUUCAAUGAUGGAACUCAUAUGAGCCUCUCUGCAGACCGAAGGAAUGUGUAUUAUUACCUCAAUAACAACCAGCAUUUUUCCUUCUCUGCCUCUGCAAUUCCGGAGCAGCUAGAGAAACAGAUGACAAUUGUCCAGUAUUUUGCCAACUACAUGGAGGAAAAUUUGAUGGAGGGAGGUGAUUUGCCCAGGACAUUCCUUGAAGAUUGCCAUGAUCCAUCUUUAUUCCUGUUGCAGUGGGUUAAAACUGAUCAUUCGCUAUUGAUGCUGUUCAGCAAUGGCACUUUACAGGUUAACUUCUAUCAUGAUCACACAAAGCUCAUUCUAUGCAAAGCAGACCAUUCUUACCUGCUUACAUACAUCAACAAGGAUCGUGUUGCCUACACAUACAAACUGAGCACCAUAAUGGAACUGGGCUGUUCACAAGAACUCUACAAUCGUCUGACAUAUACACUGAAACUGUUACAGCAGCAGAAGGCAGAUUCUUGAAUAUGAAUCAAAAACCUCUUGAAGAGGGACACAAAGUAUUAACAUUACUUCUACUAUGGAGUUUUACAGUGUGCAAGAUACUGAACUAUUUGCUAUGAGUAUUAUCUGACUGGACAGUGCCUGGCAACAAUUAGCUGCUGUUACUUGGAGGGAGGAGUGAAAUCUAAAGUCACUAUUGAUGGUUUAUAAUCUUGCAUCUGUUUAAACGUCACUACUGUAAUGAGAAUGAUGUGUGUGCACAACUUAACUGUUAUUGAAGUUAUUUUUGUUUGGUUCUCCACUCCCUCAAUGCUUGAGGGUUUGUGAAGAAUGAUUUCAGUGGGCAGUGAUGAGAUGAGGAUGGCUUCCUAAUUACUACCCUGAAAUAAGAAAACUAUUAAAGCUGCUACUCCAGUGCCACUAAUUUAACAAUCAUCCAAUUACUGGCCAUGGAAAGCAAAUCUUGUGAUGGCUCCCACUUACUAUCACAAGACAGGCUUCUCUUUUUUUAAAAAAGGGGCUCUGGGCUGCCUUUCUCAAGAGUGAAGAUAUAAAGUAUAUUUUCAACUAUUUUACUUUAAGAAUGUUUCCUCAUUUAAUAGCAAAGUGUCAUUCCAAGGCAAUAACUAUCAUCUCAAACUGGAACAGUUUACUGGCUGACUUGGGUCAAACUGUAAACCUGCUUUGAGAAAACAUGCACAUCAGGAUUGACACGUGGUUUAUUGCAGGUGGGGUGCAAGACAAAUAGACAGUCCACUUAAUUCAUUCAACCAGGAUAUUGAUAGACUUGAGUGGAUCAAUGUCACCUCCAGUGUCACGAGCACUUUUUUUUUCUCAAAGCAAACUCUUCCAGCUUAAUGCCAAUCCUAUGCACUCAACUUGGCAAUGAUUGACUUGAAAUAAUGAUCAAAGUUAGGGUCCAAAUCGAAAUCCUGGUUUGAUACAAUCAUAAUGGCCAAUAUUUAUGGUGGUUUCUGCACAAAACUUCUCCACUGCCUCUUGCAGACUUGUAAGUAAUGGAAACAGCAGUUUGUUGUCCCUCAGUGAGUGGUGAGAUCCAAGUGUCUUUUGUGGGGCACUGGAGCAAGCUUGACCAGUUUGAUUUUACAGCAAAGGUCAGCUGAUGGCUCUAUCCCAAUAUAGAAUGCUCAGCGUACUGUCUCAUUAAGGUAAACUUGUGAUACUAGGUGACAUUCCUCCACUGAGCUUUUGUGUGCAGUAUCUUGGGGUAGCCAAACCAUGGAACCACGUUGCCACAUCACAUACUAAACAUUGAUCAACUCAACUGUCUAAAAUGUAUUUGUAGAUGGGCUGUUUAGUAUCUCAGCUACUUCAUGCACUUAGAACUUCUGUGCUUGUUGCACAAACUGGGCGGUAGAGGAGAAUUACUUGGGAGAAGCAAGACCACCUAUCUAAUGUUUUUGUCCUGAUCUGAGCGUGGUUCAUUUUUUUUUAAAACCAAUGUGGUGUGCCUAGAAAUGAUUAAAUUAGACUAUUGUUUCGUUAUUUAUCAGGUUCAGGGGCAGUGGGAAAGGUGGCACAAAGAAAAUCGCAUUUUGACAAAGAUGCGGUACAAAGACUUGAAUCAAUGUUCAGCUCAUUCCUGUAUUUAUCUACACCUCCUCGUGAGGUCUCUAGAUUCCUCAGUAUUUAAUAAAUCUGGUUCUAUUUAUGUUUCUGCAAGUAUUGAAUGAGCCUAUUUAUUUUUGUAUUUAUUAUUUAUUUCAUUGUUUUUAAGGAUGGAAUUCAAUUCUGUAAAAAGGGGUUAUAAGUUGUAAGUUUUUAAUCAAAAUAAAACUUACUUAAACCAA